CACUGCUGCGGUGCGAAGGGUGCGGUGCGACCAAAAUGGAGCUCCCAUCGUUUUCCAAGUUCGGGCUUUGGAUAGUGUCGACGGUGUUCGGCACACCGAUACCAGACCCGCCAGAGGUUCAGAUCAGCAGCUAUGAGGUACCCUCGGGCCCCAUGAAAGUUUGGACCGUGCAUACCGUCGAGGGAUGCCGACGCGGGAUUAAAGAAUUACUCAGGCGGCUGCGACGAACCGAGACUUCCCACGUCGGACUGGACGUCGAGUGGAAGAAAGGUGGCCGGUGGAAGGCCGCCCUGCUUCAGCUGGCCACAGUGGACGGCUUCUGCCUGCUGAUCCAGCUGCACCGCAUGACAGGCUGUGUGCCAAAGGAGCUCACGGAUUUUCUGGAAAAUCUAGGAAUUCGGAAGGUCGGCGUUGAAGUACUUCGGGACUGCAAGCGCUUGGCAGCGUGUCCUUCCAUUCCACCUAAUGUUGCCUUUAAGCCUAAGGGAUGUCUAGACCUAAAAUAUCUCGUCAAAGACAUGAAAGACCAGCAGCGGGAAUGGAAGAAGAGUACUCCUUCUCUAGAAGACCUGGCCGCGCAUGCCGAAGUUCCCUUUCAAAAGGACAAAUCCCAAACGUGCAGCGACUGGGAGUUGGACUGUCUGCAUCCUGUUCAACAGAUGUAUGCGGCCCAGGACGCCGUUAUUGGUGCCAAGAUAUUCUCGAAACUUUAUGGAAAUGUCAACAUCGAUAAUGCCAUCGACCAAAAAUAUUCCAAUAAAAAUCGAUCGCGGAUGGAAAGUUCGCCCGCAUGUGAUGAUGAUAAAGAAUGCGACGGAUGCGGCAUCUUGAUGACAGUCAAGCAACUGAGGGCUGUAAAAGCUGUUCCAGUUGAAUACGAAAAGUUGCUGCCAGCUCCGCUGAAAAACUGGGAUACGUCCAUGCACUUCUGCGGGAAGUGUCAGCUGAAAUGGUUUGAACGACAGCGUGAGACACAGCGGUCAUUUGAACUUCUCCUACCGCCGGGGAACAGAGACAAGCAUUCUAAGGCCAUUGUGGCGUACCAUGAAGAUAAGGGUUUGGUGAAGAUCGUUCAGAAGUUUGUCGAUCACCUUUACAAUACCGCUCAAGAACUGCGAGGCAACCAUAUCAGGCCGCUUCCCAAUACCUGGCCGGAAGAUGUUUACCAGAAACACCUACCCAACAUCUAUGAAUACGUGUCCUCAUUGAGUGAGGACGAGCGCGAGGAUGUUCGGCGGAGGAUUUUUGGAACAUUCCAGCUUGUCGACCUGCCUGAGAUGGGCAGCAGUGUUCGCCACGGGCCGGGCCAGCCCAAUGGGCCAUGGGCUGGGCUGGGCUACGGGCUGGGCUGGGCCCACAAAUAUGAAGGAUCGAUGGGCUGUGGAUGGGCUGGGCCAAUAGCUGUAAAGUGGACUCAGAGGUUCGCGACUGCGGACGUUCGAAAGCCUGAUGACGUCAUCAGAUUCCCGUAAUGGUUAAGAGAUAGGGACCACGCUGGUCCCACCCUGCAAGUAAAGGAAAGAAAUUUCUUGAACACCAUAAAG